CCGACUCAAUAUAAAUACAAAACUCCCCUUAACACUAAUUUGCAUCCAAUAACAAAACUCAUAGAGGAAAUGAAGCUAGGCAAGGAAGUCCACCUCCAUUAUCACCCUCAACACAAGGUAACCAUGGAGUACUCAGAGACUCCCUUCAUGUGUGACGGAUGCAAGGAAGCGGGUAUCGGGUUAGAAUACCACUGCGGAACCUGCAAUUUCGACCUCCACAAAAUUUGUGCACUUGCACCCCCAACCACCACUCAUCCAUUCUACACAAAAUGUGAGUUUAAACUCUAUGCUCGACCACCCGGUCAAUUACCAAGAGUAUGCAACGCGUGCAGAAAUAUCGUUAGAGGUUUCGUGUAUCAUUGCACUAGAUGUGGCUUCGAUCUCCAUCCAUGUUGCAAUAGUCUACCAAAAUCUCUUGUAGACGGGAAACAAAGAUUUUAUCUAUGUGAUAAAAUUUCGAGCCCUUGCCUCUGUUGCGGAGGCAAAGGGCUCGGGUGGAGCUAUCAGUCCGAGUGCAGGAGGUAUGGUCUGCAUGUUUCGUGCGUUAAAGAGGAGCUCGUGGAGGAUUGGCAGAAUAUGUGUCUGAACGUGAACAAGAAAAAGAUUAGCCAGGUUGGGAUGAGGAUACCGAAGAUUCAGGGGGAAAUACGAAGAAGCCACCGCCGCGACCACCGUAAAGGGAAGUUGGAGAAAUGUUGUGAGGUCGCCGGAGAUGCCGUGAGGGUGAUUGUGUCGGCGGUUCUCGGAGAUCCG